AGUUGGGUUACAAGUGUUUGAGCCCGGCUUGCCUUCAUUUUAAAAGGCUCUACAGCGUUUCGCUGCCAGGAUAUGCCAUAUUUUAUUUAAUGAGUCCCCUGCUAAUGACUAGGAAGUUGUUUCCACAUAUGAAUUUUGUUAAAAAAAACACCAUCAUCCCCAUUUUACUGACGAAGACACAGAGGUCCACAGAAGAGAAAAACGCUAUCAGAGGUCACACUGAAAGCAAAAAGAUUCAAGUUCUAGUUUCCCAACUCCCAUCCCUACUCUUCAAUUUCUCAGUCCCUGACUGCCCAGCUGGCCCCAGCAAACCACAGGAAAACCAGAGCCCGCUUAUCCUCAGGUUCUUAGAUUUUCUAUGCCCCCUAGAGGCACCUGCGAACCUCUGGGCAUCACGCCUUCACCUCACUGACCAGCAGGUGGCACUGUUGCCAUCUCGGCAUCCCAGACUGAAUUUCCUCCUGGUGUUCAUUUUUCGAGUCCCCGAGGCACUUCCGGGAUUCGCGGAACUUUGGUGUAGUCGGAUGCACAGCGUGGGGACGCAAGCGCGUAAGGCGGCAGGAACUGCUUCCGGCCGUGUUGGUGGUCGGAGUUGAGGUGUCUCGGCGAGGGGAAGAUGGAGACAAUUCUGGAGCAGCAGCGGCGAUACCAUGAAGAGAAAGAACGGCUCAUGGACGUCAUGGCCAAAGAGAUGCUCACUAAGAAGUCCACGCUCCGGGACCAGAUCAACUCCGACCACCGCACCCGGGCCAUGCAAGAUAGAUAUAUGGAGGUCAGUGGGAACCUGAGGGAUUUGUAUGAUGAUAAAGAUGGAUUACGAAAGGAGGAGCUUAAUGCUAUUUCAGGACCCAAUGAGUUUGCUGAAUUCUAUAACAGACUCAAGCAAAUAAAAGAAUUCCAUCGGAAGCACCCAAAUGAGAUCUGUGUGCCUAUGUCUGUGGAAUUUGAGGAGCUCCUGAAAGCUCGUGAGAAUCCAAGUGAAGAGGCACAAAACCUGGUAGAGUUCACAGAUGAAGAGGGAUAUGGACGGUACCUUGACCUCCAUGACUGUUACCUCAAGUACAUUAAUCUGAAGGCAUCUGAGAAGCUGGAUUAUAUCACGUACCUGUCCAUCUUUGACCAGUUAUUUGACAUUCCUAAAGAAAGGAAGAAUGCAGAGUAUAAGAGAUACCUAGAGAUGCUGCUUGAGUACCUUCAGGAUUACACAGAUAGAGUGAAACCCCUUCAAGAUCAGAACGAACUUUUUGGGAAGAUUCAGACUGAGUUUGAGAAGAAGUGGGAUAACGGAACCUUUCCUGGAUGGCCGAAAGAGACAAGCAGUGCCCUGACCCAUGCUGGAGCCCAUCUUGACCUCUCUGCAUUUUCCUCCUGGGAGGAGUUGGCUUCCCUGGGUCUGGACAGAUUGAAGUCUGCACUCUUAGCUUUAGGCCUGAAAUGUGGUGGGACCCUAGAAGAGCGAGCCCAGAGGCUAUUCAGCACCAAAGGAAAGUCCCUGGAAUCUCUUGACACCUCUCUGUUUGCAAAAAAUCCAAAAUCAAAGGGCACUAAGCGAGACACUGAGAGGAACAAAGACAUUGCUUUCCUGGAAGCCCAGAUUUAUGAAUACGUGGAGAUUCUUGGGGAACAGCGACAACUUACUCAUGAAAAUGUACAACGCAAGCAAGCCAGGACUGGAGAAGAGCGAGAAGAGGAGGAGGAAGAGCAGAUUAGUGAGAGUGAAAGUGAAGAUGAAGAGAAUGAGAUCAUUUACAACCCCAAAAACCUGCCCCUCGGCUGGGAUGGCAAACCAAUUCCCUACUGGCUGUAUAAGCUUCAUGGCCUGAAUAUCAACUACAACUGUGAGAUUUGUGGAAACUACACCUACCGAGGGCCUAAGGCCUUCCAGCGGCACUUUGCUGAAUGGCGUCAUGCCCAUGGCAUGAGGUGUUUGGGCAUCCCAAACACUGCCCACUUUGCUAAUGUGACACAGAUUGAAGAUGCUGUCUCCUUGUGGGCCAAGCUGAAACUUCAGAAGGCUUCAGAAAGAUGGCAGCCUGACACUGAGGAAGAAUAUGAAGACUCUAGUGGGAAUGUUGUGAAUAAGAAGACAUAUGAGGAUCUGAAAAGACAAGGACUGCUCUAGAGCACAGGACAGAGCUCAGCCUUUGGGCUUGCCCAGGCUUCCCCGAGGUCUGCUUUUUCUAUUUCUCUCAACCAAAUGCUUUUAAAGACUCUGCUACAUAGUCUUCUGGUCUAUCAUGCAUCUUGUAGAAACAAGGCAUGCUGGCAGAUUACAGGGUUGAGAUGUGUUUUAUCUUUGUUUUAUAUUAAAAAAAAAAAUCCUGUGGGAAAAUAAAACUAAUCCCUUGUUCUAAA